CCAUUUAUUCCCCAUUCAAAACUGCCACCCAUAAUUCUAGUCUCUAUUCAGAAAGGGAAAAUCUUUCCAAUGGCGAUGUAUCCGGAAGAGGAAGAAGCUUGGAAAUGCCCAAAACACCCUUCCAAGCGUCGCCGGAACGGAAUCUGUCCGACCUGCCUCCGUGACCGUCUCAUCACCCUCUGCCCGGAGUGCGCUAACGUCCGCCCCUGUUCCUGUUGCACCGCCUCUUCGUCUUCCUGUUCCUCCUCGUCGUCCUCCUCUUCGUUUUCCUUCUUCUCAUCCGCGUCCUCCUCCCGACGCGUCGGCGGCGGCCGUGUGUCGGAGCUGAUUGAGAAGGAGCCGGCGUUCCGGAGAUCGAGAUCCGUCGGGAUUCCGUUCUUGUUCACUCGAUUCGCGCGUGAGAAAGAGGCGGAGGAUUCGAAUUCGAACGCGCGCGUGCGUGAGAAGAGCCGUGCGGCGUCGUUUUUGUCGAGGAUUAUGCCGAGCAAAAGCAGGAAAAAUCAAUCGGUUGCGGAACAGGGGCGGGUCGAACAGGAGGACCCGAAAAUCGGUAAUAAUGUUGGAGAAGAGUGUAGGUAUAGAUGCAGCAAUGCUAGUAUCGAGGAAUUUGCGAGCAUGAUGAUGAGGUCGAGGUCGGUGUCCGUCGUAUCGUCGUCGGCGAAGGAGAAACGGUGGAGUUUUUCAAGUCCGAUGAAAGCUUUCCGGCAGCAAUCGAAAACUCCGAAAUUGGCUAAUGAUCGGUCUCCGAUGUGCCGGGGUUGAGUUGAGUAUUGUUUAUAACUUUUGUCUUAUGUAUAUAGAACAUCUUUCAAUACAUUUUACAUAACUCUUUUUUCUUGGAGGAUUAUUAAAGGCUGACAGUUUUUGAGUUUUCUUUUUAAAGUAUGAAUUCCUCAUUUUGUAUAAUGGUUAGGGAUUAUUAUUAGCUACAGAUUGGUUUUAAUUGGGAACUUAUUGGUUAUGGUUGGAAAGAUCAAAUUGUUGAUUAUUGCAAUUAUGAACUUCUUAAGCUACCAAAAAUUUGUAUUGGAAUUCUGUCCCCAAUUUAGCGAUUCCCCCCUUUUUUUUUUUUUUGGUGAAAUGGUAGUACUUUGAUUGUGGAGAUAGAUUCAUGGACUAGUCUGGAUUCAUUUUUUGGAUUAAAAUGAUUUUGGGGGACAAAUACAAUAGCUAUAGUAUGUAAUCGACGUUUUAUUCAAUUGAUUUGAUAGGAUCCAUUAUUGAUUUUGCUUAUAAGAAAGAAGAUUCUUGUUUUACG